AUGUUCAGCAGAAACAACAAGCUGCCCAGCAACCUCCCGCAGUUACAGAAUCUGAUCAAGCGGGACCCGCCGGCAUAGAAACUCAUCGAAGAGUUUCUACAGCAGUAUAAUUCCUACAAAUCCAAUGUGGAUAUUUUCAAAUUACAACCAAAUAAACCCAGCAAAGAACUGGCAAAGCUGGUGAUGUUUAUGGCACAGAUUGGUCACUGCUACCCAGAAUAUCUAAGUAACUUUCCUCAGGAACUGAAAGAUCUGCUCUCCUAUAAUCACACUGUCUUGGAUCCUGAUCUUCGAAUGACAUUUUGCAAAACUUUGAUCUUGCAGAGAAAUAAGAAUCUCAUCAGUCCAUCAAGUUUGCUGGAGCUCUUCUUUGAGCUUCUACGUUGCCAUGAUAAGCUUCUGCGAAAGACUUUAUACACUCAUAUUGUAACUGAUAUCAAGAACAUAAAUGCAAAACACAAGAACAAUAAAGUGAAUAUAGCAUUGCAAAAGUUCAUGUACACCAUGUUAAGAGACAUCAAUGCAACUGGAGCCAAGAUGUCUUUGGAUGAGAUGAUUGAACUCUACAGAAGAAACAUCUGGAACGAUGCCAAAACUGUCAAUGUUGUCACAACUGCAUGCUUCUCUAAGGUCACCAAGGUAUUAGUGGCGGCUUUAGCAUUCUUCCUAGGGAAAGGUGAAGAGGAGAAACAGGACGGUGACUUAGAAUCCGAGGAUGAAGGACCAACAGCAAGAGACCUUCUUGUGCAAUAUGCCACAGGGAAGAAAAGCUCCAAACACAAGAAAAAAUCAGAAAAGGCUAUGAAAGUGCUCAAGAAACAAAAGAAGAAGAAAAAAACAGAGGUGCUUAACUUUUCAGCUAUUCACUUGAUUCAUGAUCCCCAAGAUUUUGCAGAGAAACUACCAAAGCAACUAGAGAGCUCUAAGGAGAGAUUUGAAGUGAAGAUGAUGCUCAUGAACUUUAUCUCUAGAUUGGUGGGAAUUCACGAGCUUUUCCUCUUUAACUUCCAUCCCUUCAUUCAAAGGUUUCUGCAGCCCUACCAAAGAGAAGUAACAAAGAUUCUUCUGUUUGCUGCACAAGCAUCUCAUCAUCAGGUACCCCCAGAGAUCAUUCGGUCAUUGCUCAUGACUGUGGCCAAUAAUUUUGUUACUGACAAGAACUCUGGUGAAGUUAUGACAGUAGCUAUCAAUGCUAUAAAAGAGAUCACCGCUCCAUGUCCUCUGGCCAUGACUGAAGAACUUCUCCAAGACCUGGCCCAGUAUAAAACACACAAAGAUAAAAAUGUGAUGAUGUCUGCCAGAACUUUGAUUCAGCUCUUCCGAACACUGAAUCCUCAGAUGUUGCACAAGAAAUUCCGGUGUAAGCCUACAGAAGCCUCAAUAGAAACAAGAGUACAAGAAUAUGGAGAAUUAGAUGCUAAAGAUUAUAUCCCAGGAGCAGAAAUUCUAGAAGCUGAGAAAGAGGAGGAGAAUGCUGAAAAUGAUGAAGAUGGUUAGGAAAGUGCCAGUCUCAGUGAGGAGGGGGAUGCUGAUGGUGAAUGGGUUGACUUGCCCCACUCUUCGGAUGAAGAGCAUCAAGAAAUUUUCAAGAAGCUAAACAGCACACCCAUGGAGGAGCGGAAAGCCAAAGCUGCAGCCAUCAGCACGAGUCGGGUUUUAACUCAGGAAGAUUUCCAGAAAAUCCGCAUGGCCCAACUGAGGAAAGAACUCAGUGUUGCCCCUGGGAAAGCAGAAAAGAGGAAAUAUAUUGAAAUAAACAGUGAUGAGGAGCCCAGAGGCAAGUUACUUUCACUCCGAGACAUUGAACACCAUAAAAAGCCAAAGUCCGACAAGGAGACAAGGCUAGCAACUGCAAUGGCUGGAAAGACAGACCGAAAAGAAUUUAUGAGGAUGAAAACCAAAAUGAAUCCAUUUUCAAGUUUCUCAAAUAAGGAGAAGAAAAAACAGAAGAACUUUAUGAUGAUGCGGUAUAGUCAGAAUGUCCGGUCAAAAAAUAAACGCUCCUUUAGAGAAAUGCAGCUGGCUGUACGAGAUGCCCUUUUGAAAAAGAGAAAAAGAAUGAAUUGACUUCCAAGCAAGUUUUCCAUUUCAAGGAGAAUGCUAACUAUGUGUCAUUACUCUAAAAAUUUGUAAAUCAGGAAUCUUUGUUUAUAUUAAGAAGUCCAGAAGCACUAUAUUUCGA